GAUACUGAAGACAAAUAACAGAUCUCAGAACAGGGAAACCUCUGUCACUGUUCAUACCACAAACGGCCCGGAUUAGAUAUGCAUUUAAGCCAGGCUUUACUUCUAGAAAUGUGAAGCAGGGGGGCUUCAGAGAAGACCCCUCCUUCCAGCAGCUGGUCAGAGGAGGACAGUAAUGUCAAACUGAACAAGAACAUUUGGAGAAGAGGAGCAAGCAGAAGGAGCAGCUCAGCUGUGAGGUGUUGUGCUGCAUGUGGUGUAAACAGCGCAGAUGCUGGAGAGCAGACUCCACACUCUUCCUUCAUGUCUAUGGCUAAGUCUAAGAAGCUGCUAAUAGCUUUGCACAGGACCACUGCUUUACUGUUGUUGACAUUAUAGAGACUAUGUGGCCAUGCUAAUCGCAGGUUAGCCUUUUUUUUUUUCUUCAAACGGUUUUUAACCUGCGAGCGAGCGAGCGCGCGCUACUCAUCAACAGCAUCGAGUCGUUUUCAAGUUCACGUGGAUUUUGAUUUCAGAAAUUGCAAAAUGAAAUUCGCUCACAUUUUGCUGAAGAACACUUCGAGGUUUAACAUCCCGAAGCAAGUGGACAGGUUUUCUAAGUUCUCGCCAUCGCCACUUUCAAUGAAGCAGUUCUUAGACUUUGGUUCUGCCAAUGCCUGUGAGAAGACGUCCUUCAUAUUCCUCCGUCAGGAGCUUCCAGUCAGACUGGCCAACAUCAUGAAAGAGAUCGACCUGCUCCCUGACAAGCUCAUCGGGACGCCAUCCGUGCAGCUGCUACACACUUGGUAUACACAGAGUCUGAUGGAGCUUGUGGACUUCCUGGAAAAAGAUCCUGAAGAUAAAAAUGUUUUGGGAAAGUUCACAGAGUCACUGAUCAACGUGAGGAAUAGACACAAUAAUGUGGUGCCCACAAUGGCGCAGGGAGUGCUGGAGUACAAGGAGGCUUUUGGUGUGGAUCCAGUAACCAAUCAGAAUGUCCAGUAUUUCCUAGACCGCUUCUACACCAGUCGUAUCUCGACACGUAUGCUUAUGAACCAGCAUACACUGAUCUUCAACGGGAGCACAAACCCAGCUCACCCGAAGCAUAUCGGCAGUAUCGACCCACACUGUGAUGUGGUGGAGGUGGUAAAAGAUGCGUAUGAGAGCUCCAGGAUGCUUUGUGAUCAGUAUUACCUGAUGUCUCCAGAAGUGGAGAUCGAACAAAUGAAUUCUAAAGACUCCAGUGAGCCUAUUAACAUGGUCUAUGUGCCAUCUCAUCUUUAUCACAUGCUCUUUGAGCUCUUCAAGAAUGCAAUGAGAGCGACUGUAGAAACCCAUGAGAACAGCACGUAUCUUCCACCAAUUAAAGUCCGAGUUUCUCUUGGACAUGAAGACCUGACCAUAAAGAUGUCAGACAGAGGAGGAGGCGUGCCCUUGAGGAAGAUUGAACGUCUUUUUAGUUAUAUGUAUUCUACAGCACCGAGCCCUGUGACUGACAAUGCUCGCAACGCACCACUGGCUGGCUUCGGUUAUGGCCUUCCCAUCUCACGCCUCUACGCCAGGUACUUCCAGGGAGACCUUCAGCUCUACUCGAUGGAGGGAUAUGGCACAUCAGCCGUCAUUUACUUGAAGGCGUUAUCUUCUGAAUCUGUGGAGAGACUGCCGGUUUUCAAUAGGUCGGCCUUAAGACAUUACCAGACGAGCAUCGAGGCAGAUGACUGGAGCAUCCCGAGCAGUGAACCCAAGAAACUGGGAAAGUAUGAUUACAGUGAGCCAGACGUGAGAACUGAGAGCAGGGUGAAAUGAUGGAAUAUAAUAGGAUAAAGCUUGAGGGACUAGCAGAAUUGCCUUAGGCUAUCGUUUUCAUUUAUUUUCAUUUCAGUCUCAGAAUUUCUGGCUUCACAUUACAGUGUGAAAAGGGCAUUUGUAUUAAACCUCACCUUAUUAUGCCUCA